AUGGAUGAGGAAGAGCAGAACCGCUAUGUGGCCCAGCUGAAGGAGGAGUUUGACAGCUGUGACACCACAGGCACUGGUUACCUGGACAAGGAAGAAUUGUCAUCACUUUGUCACAAGCUGUCCUUGGAUGCUCACCUUCCCUUACUGUUGGACACCUUGCUAGGACCACACCACUAUGCUCGGGUGAAUUUUGAGGAGUUCAAAGAAGGCUUUGUAGCUGUGUUAUCACGCUCUCUGGACUUCAGCACCUCAGAAGAGGAGAGCAGCUACCUGGAGCCAGUUGUUCCUGAGGAGGUGAAGCCCAAGUUUGUGAAGGGAACCAAGCGCUACGGCCGGCGGUCUCGUCCUGACAGGCCCGACUCUGAGCUCCCAGCUGAAUUGGAGGACUCUCCUCCUUUCAGGACAGAGCAGAAGGAGCUCUCUCCCGCUGGCGUGAGGAGGGCCAAACUCCGACGCUCCACUUCUCUGGAGAGUGUGGAGAGUCUCAAGUCAGAUGAGGAAACCGGAAGCCAUAAGGACACCAUCCAUCAAACCUUUGAGGCACAAGGGCAGCAGAAGCGAUGGAAGCGGGACAGUUCGGGGAGCCCACUCCAAUCCCCUGGGCCAGGGGCCGAGGUGUCAGACAGACAGAUGAGGGCAGUAUGGGAGGAGCUUGGAGUAGGAGGAGGAGGCUUUCUGAACAGACAGGAACUGUCUCUGGUCUGUGACCACCUUGGCCUGCAGGACCUGAAUUCAGAGGAGUUGGACGCCCUCUUCAGGAAGUUGGACACUGACCUGGAUGGGAAGGUCAGCCUCAGGAAGUUCCAGAAGGGUCUUUCCAGAGAAAAGGGUGUCCCAGUUCCCACCUCCUCCACCCCCAUACGCCCCAACCCCCACCGCUCACUCCAGCAGGCCUUUGAGGAGCGGAUGGUGCGCUCCACCUCUCCAUCUCUUCUGUCUGCCACCGUGGGCCAGAGGCUGCUGACCAGGCUGGACGAUGGGUCGGGCUGCACCAGUCCAGAGAGGGUCAUCACCCUCUGGAAUGAGGAGGGCAUCCGGAACAGCAGGGACAUCCUACAGGUCAGUACUCUGGACUUCCCCCUGGAGGAGCGAGUCAGUCUGGCGGAGCUCACCCUGGCCCUGGACAAUGAGCUGCUGGUCAGCGGCAACGGCAUCCACCAGGCCGCUCUCAUCUCUUACAAGAACGAGAUCCAGUUCCUCCAGGUCCUAGCAGACCAGGCUUGUCAGGAAAGGGACAAGGUCAAGGCCGACCUGGAGUGGGCCGACAGGAGAAACCUCCAGCUGGUCAGAGAGGUGGAUGACAGGCACGCCACUAUUGAGUCACUGAAUGAAACCAAAAUCAAGGGUCUGGAGCAGGAGUUCCGGGAUAGGCUAACGGCCCUGCGCAGUGAAUCGGAGCAGGAGAGCGAGGUCUUGCUACAGCAGGUGGAGCGUGAGCGGGCCAAGCUCAAAGAGGAAGUGGAGGUCCUACAUGCACAGGAUGCCAGUCUGCAGGAGGAAAUCUGUAAUGCCACCCAGGAGAACCGCCGUUUGGAGGAGGAGGACAGUGUUCUGAAGGGGAAGCUGUCGGAAGCAGAGAACACCAUCUCCAAGCUGCAGAGAGACCUGGACCAGCUCCUACUAGACAAGUUUGGGAGCCUGGAUCCGAACAAUACAGGGCUGCUAAACCAGGAGGAGCGCUUCUCUGAGAUCAUCAAGGAGUACGAGCUGCAGUGCCGGGAGCUGCGGGACCGGAAUGACGAGUUGAACUCUGAGGUGGAGACGUUAAAGAGUCAGGGGAUGGGGAGGCGACCCAGACGGGCAAGAGACACGUCCACACACGCGUGGUCCAGCCGACGAUCACUGACCACUGAGUCUGACUCUGAUGACCCUGAGAUGAAAAUAGGCGUAUCUCCCAUGGCUAGCAAAAAGCUACAAGUGGCCAAUAAGAAUGGCCUGGGUUGUCUGGAGAGUCUGCCAGGUCCGGUUGUAAGCAUUGAGACGGAGAUGGCCAUGGAACAGUUUAAGGAGAGGCACAGCCAGGAGGUGCAGGACCUGAAGAUUGAGUUAGAGACCAAGGUGAACUUCUACGAGCGCAGCCUGGAGCUGAUGCGACGGAACAUGGAGGUGGAGAGGAAGGACAUCUCUUCGGGCUUCAAGGUGGAAAUCAGUGAGCUGGAGGAGCAGAAGGCCCAGGCUGAGGAGCAUGUUAAGAGGCUAAGGGAGGCAGUGGAGAAGCUGCAGACCGAGUUACAGAACAGCUCCAGGCGCCUGAGAGGGCCAGGCUGGAGCGCUGACCAGGAGAGAAGGGCCCAGCACGAACAGGCUGAGCUGGAGCAGAACUAUGCCAUGGAGAUCAGUAACCUGGUCCAGAGACUAACCUCUGAGAAAGACCAGCUAGAGGCUGAGCUGAAGCUCAAGAUGGACCAAGAGUUGCUGCUCGUAAGUUCUCAGUUAGAUGAGGUCAACUGUGAGAACAGUGCUCUGAAGGACAGACUGGCCAUGUUACAGCAGGAUGUCCAGAGAAUGGAGGAAGAGAUCAUCAAGAAGAAAAAGAAACUGGACGAAGUGGAGCAGGAACACGAGAAGAACAGGGAGAAGCAGGAGAGACUUCACAAAGAGAACGCCAAGUACCAGGAAGAGGUGCUGGACCUGAGAGCCCGCAACCUGCAGCUGAGCGGCGAGAAUGCUGAGUUUAGCUCCCGUCUCCGUGCCGACCAGGGGGUGGUCCAGAUGCUGACGGAGAGGCUGGCACAGGUGUCCCGGGAGCAGGCGGAGGGGGCGGCCACAGCCAGGCAGCUCCAGGAGACCUCCACCCAGCAGGAGAGGGAGAGACUCCACCUGCAGGCAGCCUGGCGUCACGACAAGGAGCUGCUGGAGAGAGAACUCCACACCAUCAAGGAAAAGCUCCAGUGUUUGUCAGAGGUGGAGUCCUCACUGACCAGCCUGACCCUGAAGCACCAAUGGCUGGAGCAGGAUAAGGAGAGGCUGCUGAGGGAGGUGGAGGAGAGGACCCAGAAGGUUGAGAAGCUCCAAGAGUCUCUUCUCUCUGUGGACUCCCAGAUGGAGCUGCUUCGCUCCCAGCUCCAGGCAGUGGAUCAGGAGAAGACUGGCCAGAUCCAGGAAGUAGCCAACCACCAGAGGAUGAUACAGGAUGCCCAGGACAAGGUAAAGGAGCUGGAGGCCAGCAUGGGCAGGCUAAGCAGGGAGAAGGAGCAGCUGCGUCUGGCCCAGAAACAACAUGAGGAGGAGGCCACUAUGGCCCUACAAAAGGAGUGCCAGAGCCUGCACCUCCAAAACCAGGAGCUGCUCCACAGGGUGUAUCAGCUGCAGGGCCAGGAUGUGGAGGUACAGAGUCUGACUGAGGAGUGCCUGACUCUAAAGAACAAACAGGCACAGCUGGAGACUGCCAGGGCAGAGGCACAGGAUCAGGCACUGAUGGUGGACACAGCCUUGACACUGGCCCAGGCCCAGCAUGUCCGGGAGCUGCAGCAGUUGAGGGAGCAGGCAGGACUGGGGUCCAGGGAGCAGCUGGCACACUUUCAAGCCCAGCUGGCAGAUGAGAAGCGCAGGGGGCAGAAGCUGCAACAGACCUUCUGCACACAGGCCCAGCAAGCCAGCACCCAGAUAGGCCUGCAGCAGGAGCAAUAUGAGAAGGUGAUAGUGAACAUGCAGGAGGGGAUGGAGGGGGUGGAGACCAAGCUGAGGAGUGUGCGCAAGAUGCUGCAGGAGAAGGUCAACCAGCUGAAAGAGCAGCUGGUGAAGAAUGCCAAGUCAGACAUCAUGCUGAAGGACCUGUAUGUGGAGAACUCCCAGCUGAUGAAGGCACUGCAGGUCACUGAGCAGCGACAGAAGAGUGCUGAGAAAAAGAACUUUGUCUUAGAGGAGAAGAUUACAGCCCUCAACAAGCUCCUUCGUAAGAUCGCCCCUGCCUCCCUCUCUGCGUAGCAGUUCCUUGCUACUCAGAACAACGCUACUCCCCAAAAGACAUUGACAACUGUGAAAGACCUCUUAAGUUUCCUUCCCUUAACCUUAGUAUUCGAUGACCAUCCCAAUGAAACAUUGAUGCUUAAUGUGGCAGGUGGUCCACAAUGAUUCUGUAAGAUCCAUAACAAAAUCACUGUGUAACAACUCCCUCUUGGGAUGGUGGGUUUGAUUGCACACAAUUAGCACAAGUUAUUUGGGUAAGUGGAACAGCACAAGUCUUAAGUGUUUUCAGCCACCAGGGUAUUAUGCAUGUACUUUAUUUUUUGUGUAUAUAUAUUUUUAUUGAGGUUAACGCAAGACUCAUUUUUUGUGAAGGUCAAUCAAAGUUCACAUAAAGUAUUUUAUUCUGUCUCUGCAGAGGCAGGCAGUCCGUUAGGUUACAGACUAUCCUCCAGCAUCAUGCUGUGUUGGUAGGUCUGAGUGUCGAUUAGAUGUAUAAUGGGACCAAUGGUAUAACAUUCCAGUUUGAUCAUCAAACACACUCAAGGUACUGAACUUAAAGUUAAGUCUGUCAGACUGUAUGAGAUGAAUGGUACUGUAUGCGAAAGGCUGAAUCCUAAUUUAAUCACAAAAUGAUUCAAAGAAAGGGUUUAGCAACUUUUAAUUAAGUGUUCUUUGUGGUAUUUUAAAUUACCAACCAAAAGCACAGUAUUUACAAAUGUAAAGUUUUGAUACACAUCUGCACAAUUUUCAAUCCUGAUGCACUGCUGUACAGUCAAACCUUUUAAUUCCUAAACUAUUUGAGUACUAAAAAAGAUUGUUGCAACAAUGUAUGUAGGUAAUUAUUGUAAAAACACUAACAUGCAAGCUGUGGAUUUGUUAUGCACUACACAAUCACUCCACAAUUAAAACAAAACUGACCAAGUAAUAAAUCACCUACAGCUAAGUAUAUUUGAAUUAAUUAUUGUUUUAAAGAACUCUUUCAAAAUAGCAUCACUUAAAUGGAUAAUCCUCUGCUGAAGAAAAAAAAGUCAUAGUUCUAGCAUUUUGAUUCAAGACAUGAUGUGCUCCAAGACCCCCUGGCGAAUCAACUGCUCACACUUCCAUCGUGGCAGGAAGUGCUGGUGAGACAGAAGAGUGGAGUUUGAGAGUGACUCAUGUUCAAUUCUUUACACAAUGUGCAUGUAUAGUGAUGGUUUUCACAUAUAGUACUUUUUCUUUUCUUAUACCUGACUGUUUUUCUUCAGAAGAAUGAUGGUCCCGUCGUCUAUUUCAAACUCGCCAUGAUCUUUUAAACAGCGCACCUAUUGAGAGAAAUACAUUGUGAGAAACAAACUAAAUGGCAAGAGGGUAAAAUCAAUAGAACAUGACCAAUAUGUAAAAAUAAAAAAAUGAAGACCAAAAGAAAGAGCACCUAAUAGUCAAGGGUCUAUGUGCUACAGUUUGAAUUAAUUGAUACAGUUGAUGACUAAUAGCACAAGUGGCCCCUACCAACAUUCACUUAGUCUCUGGUCAGGUCCUUGCGGGCAUGCAGUUCCCUUGUGUAAUCGUACCUCAAUGUACAAACUCUUUGGAGGCUUCAUGUCCUGUGUUAUGUCAAGUCCUUCCUCUCCUCCAAGUGACCUCAUGAAGGUAGCCAGUGACUUCUUGUACUGGUUAAACCAUUCCAACUAUUCAAAAUUAAACAUUACAUUUUAAGAGUCAGAUGCCAUCACCCUGCCAUCUUCUGUCCAAUUUGUUUCUUGCCUUUGAAAGAAAGAAACAUACCUCUUCUGCACACAUGUGGAAGCGGAUGUUUGUGGGCAACACACUUCCGUACUCCCACCUCAAAGUCCGAAUGCGGAGGAGCCUGUCAUAGCUGAGGAGAGGAAAUUAGCAAUGAUGUUGUCCUAUCCUAAUAAACUAUGAUAUGGUCAGUGUAACUGUCUACAAAAAUAUUAGUAGUGAUGAUGAGCUCAAAAUCAACUCAUCACAUCAGGCACUCACAGGUAGGCAGCGAUGCAACGUUGGUUUCUUAGCAGACAGCAGUGACGGAACUUGAUGGUUGGAAUCAGCUCACUUUUUCCCUCAGACUUGGCUUCAUUGCUUUGAAGUGUGUGAAAUAAAACGUAUUUGUUAAAACCCAUAAGGUAAUUAUUUCAGAACUCAAUGGGAAAGAGACACAUUCAAAUAUAAGAGAAUGUCAAUGUGUGACAAUGUUUAAUGUCUUAACUCACACAUCACUUUGAUUCUGCUCAUAUAAUGCUUUCAUCUCCUCCAGCACCUGACGAAUACCAUCUUCCUGCAAAGAAGGUGUCAGUCAGUGAGCAGUAAUAGAAGUCAAAUGACCAUGUAGUCAGUGGCAUUAUAACCUAAUUGCUAACUAUCAAACUGAUCUAAACGUCUUCACUUUGUAUUCAUAAUCUGGCUAGGUUGAUGUUAGCUAUUACUGAGUGAAACACAUUCUAGUGAUGGCUGGCUAGGUUGAUAUUAGCUCUCAAGAGCCCCACGUCAGAAGAGCAGGGCAAGGAGUAGGGCUGCACCAUAUGGGCAAAUCAUUUAAUUGCGAUUUGUUUUUAACCAAAUAUUGCGAUUGAGAUUUUACUUGCGAU